AUGACCUUUCUAUCAUUAUCCGAUAGCAAUUACGUAAUCUGUGGACUUUGUGCAGAGGUCUUGAAGAAGGUGUGGGACUUGUCUGAUCAGGACAAUGAUAGCAUGCUUUCUUUGAAGGAAUUUUGCUUUGCUCUUUAUUUGAUGGAACGGUAUAGGGAAGGUCGCCCUCUACCACAGUCUCUUCCAAGCAAUGUUAUCUUUGAUGAGACACUGAUGUCUAUGACAGGCCAACCAAAAAAUGCUUACGGAAAUGCAGCCUGGGGUAUCAGCCAAGGUUUUCAGCAGCAACAAGGGAUGCCAGGUGCUCGGCCAGUGGCACCAACAGCUGGUUUGCGGCCACCAGUGCAUGGAAUUUCUGCUCGCGCUGAUGGCAUUACACAGCCCAAUCAGAAAAUGUCAGGAACACCUGUGUUGGAGGAUUCCUUUCUGAACCCCAUAGAUAAUGGUGAGCAGAAUAUAUUGAACUCAAAGCCUCAAGAUGCAACAAGCGCAGAGAAAAAGUCUGAUGAAGCUCAGAAUGUGAUUUUGGAUUCAAAAGAGAAGAUCGAGCUUUACCGGAACAAAAUGCAGGAAUUGGUUCUAUAUAAAAGCAGAUGUGAUAAUCGAUUAAAUGAGAUUACAGAAAGGGCAUCUGCGGAUAAGCGUGAGGCAGAAUCAUUGGGCAAGAAAUAUGCAGAGAAAUAUAAACAAGUAGCAGAAAUAGCAUCAAAAUUGACUGUUGAAGAAGCUAAAUUUCGUGAUAUACAGGAAAGGAAGGUCGAGUUACAGCAAGCAAUUGUCAAAAUGGAGCAAGGAGGCAGUGCAGAUGGCAUUCUUCAGGUCCGUGCUGAACGCAUACAGUCAGAUCUUGAGGAGUUAUUUAAGGCUCUAGCUGAACGGUGCAAGAAACAUGGGAUAGAUGUGAAGUCAAUUACAAUGGUUCAGCUUCCUGCUGUGAAUGCAUUUCUCUCUGUUCCUAUCUUUAAUGUGGUUGUGUUUGUGUACGUGUAUGAACCUAAUGAAUUACAAGGUUGGCAACCUGGAGUUUCUGAGGGAGCUGCCCUUUGGGAUGAAGAUUGGGAUAAAUUUGAGGAUGAAGGAUUUGCCAAUGAUCUUACUUUCGGCACAAAAAAUACACCUUCAAAACCCAAGCCUGCAUUUGUUGACGCAGAACAAAAUUUCUCUGAUGAUAAUUUUAUUAAUGGUUCACCUGUGAAUGCAAAUGGGAAGCAAGAAAAUUCUGCUAAUGGUGAUUAUACAGUUGAGGAUGAAUCCUAUGCACACAGUGAAGAAGACUUGGCCAGAAGCCACCAUGAUAGUUUAGCUAGGAGGAGUACCGUGGAGAGUCCUUCUCAAGACUUCGUAAAUGCUCACUUUGGAAAAGGUUCUGAAGCAGAUGCAGAAACACAUAGAAGUUUUGAUGAAUCGACCUGGCGUGCAUUUGACAGCAAUGAUGACGUGGACUCAGUGUGGGGUUUGAACACUAAGACCAAGGACUCCGACUUCGAGCAGGGAGAUUUCUUCAAAUCUGAUGAUUUUGGUCUAAAUCCAGUAAGAAUAGGAUCUACACAUACGGAUGGCACGUUCCAGACAAAAAGUCCAUUUGUUUUUGAUGAUUCAGUACCUGCAACUCCAGUUUCCAAGUUUGAAAACUCUCCCAGGUACAGUGAGGCGGGGGAUCAUUUCUUUGAAAUGUCGAGGUUUGAUUCCUUCAGGCACGAAGGUGGAUAUUCUCCACAACCAGAGACGCUUACGAGAUUUGAUUCCAUAAGUAGCAGCAAGGAUUUUGGCUAUGGUAACGAUAAAUUCACAAGGUUUGAUUCCAUAAGUAGCAGCAAAGAUUUUGGCUACAGUAAUGAUAAUAAAUUCACAAGGUUUGACUCCAUAAGUAGCAGCAGGGAUUUUGGCUACAAUCCUGAGAAGCUCACAAGGGUUGAUUCCAUGAAUAGCAGCAAUGAUUUCGGUUUCGGUCGUCAGGGGCAUGCAAGGUUUGAUUCAAUUAGUAGCACCAAGGAUUUCGGUCACAGUGGUGCAUUCUCUUUCGAUGACUCUGAUCCAUUCGGCUCCUCUGGCCCGUUUAAGGUCUCUUCAGAACAUCAUUCUCCGAAAAAAGGUUCAGAUAACUGGAGUGCAUUCUAG